AUGGCCACUGAGCAGACCUUCAUCAUGGUGAAGCCCGACGGCGUGCAGCGCGGCCUCGUCGGCGAGAUCAUCGCCCGCUUCGAGAAGCGCGGCUACCAGCUCGUCGCCGCCAAGCUCGUGCACGCCAGCCAGGAGCACCUCGAGAAGCACUACGAGGACCUCAAGGGCAAGGGCUUCUUCGCCGGCCUCGUCAAGUACAUGGCCUCGGGCCCCGUCAUGGCCAUGGUCUGGCAGGGCAAGGACGUCGUUAAGCAGGGCCGCGUCCUGCUCGGCGCCACCAACCCGCUGCAGAGCGCCCCCGGCACCAUCCGCGGCGACUUCGCCAUCGACGUCGGACGCAACAUCUGCCACGGCUCCGACGCCGUCGACUCCGCCAAGAAGGAGAUCGCCCUCUGGUUCGGCGAGCAGACGCCCACGAUCGCUUACCAGCGCUCGGCCGACUCGUGGAUCUACGAGUAA